ACUGGUACUUCAAUUCUGUUUUUGCAAGAUACUGCGUCUCCCCCUUUUCUAUUAAACUUUGAUCAUUCCUGUCUUGAGCACUGCCAUGAAAAUAUUUGCUCUAUAUGGUUGUAACAUAAUUGACAUUGCUCAUUAACACCAAUGGCAAUAGAGAUUCUUCAUUUUGCGGUCCAAUCACAGUCGACUUUAUACAAAUGUAAACAUUUGAGGCGCGCAAUGAUCGGAUCGGAUUGCGAUAUAGUUUAUAGCCUCUUAUGAAGACAAAUGUGCAUACAAAGAGUAUUUGUAUGACAAAUAGCAGCAACCCAGAGACGUAUGUAAAGCUCUUAGGCGAGUUUAUCUAGGAAAAAGUUAGCUACACUCGAGAUUUUAGCGUACCAGUUUGCCUUUUUGCUAAUCGUAUUCGCACAUUUUUGUUAGCGGUCUGCUCGCUAGCUAACAUUAACUAGCUAGCUAGCGAUAAUAAUGUUAAAUAACUAAGUCUUCGUUUCCAGGUUGAUUGGGUUCCUGGAGAAAUUAAAAAUAGUACAUCGUCAUUUGAGUCACUUAACUAGCUAGCUAGUUAGCUAACUUUCGGAAAUUCUAUAGGUGAUAGAUACGGUGGCACGGGAAGUUAAUAGUUUAACGUUAAGCUACCGGGUAUGGCGAAAUUCCUCGAAGACCCGUCAGUUCUCACUAAAGAGAAACUCAAAGGUGAGUUGCUAGCCAAUGAUGUACUUCUCCCAAAUGGAGACCAGAAGAAGGAGGUGUAUGUUCAAUUAUAUUUGAAGAAACUGACUGUGUUAAACAACAUGACUUAUCAAGACACCUUUUCGAGUGAUGAUGAACUGCCGACUCCCGUGGUCUCCAAUCGGACUCGGUCCUCAGGAAGGAAAGCUUCAAGGAAGACGGAUAAACCUCGACCAGAUGAGGUUGACAUGUCAGGCCUCUCCGAUGAAGAUCUGAAGGACCAGUUGCUUAAACAUGGAAUUGAUGCUGGUCCUAUUGUAGCCUCAACACGCAGACUCUAUGAGAAGCAGCUAGUGAAGGUUCUAGAUGGAGCUGCCAGCAUCAUAUCAAGUCCUCCAGAGCCAACCACCUUGAAGGCGGAUGGCGGUCAGAAUGGAAACACAAACUCUGUGCAAGAUCACUACAGUGAUAAGGAGGAUGAGGAAUCAGCCCCAGCAGUGCCUGAGCCAGAGCCAGAGCCAGCCCCUGUCCCUGUCGUAAGCAAGCCAGUCAGGAGCCGGAGCAAGACUCCUGUUACAGUCCGCACCAGCAGUAGACGGCAAAAUAAGGUGGAGGAAAAAGUAUCCGCUGCAUAUGAGACUGCAGUGACUGAGGAGGAGGAUGUUUUAAAGGAGAUGUUUCCCAAUCAGACGGCCACUCCCACAGGAAUCAGUGCCACUUGUCGAAAGCCUAUUCACGGGGCAGCUGGCCGGCCUGUGAAGCCCUUGAACCUCUGGAGAGAAGAAACCCUCCAGCAUCAGAGUAUCUACACAGAGACCAGCUCCAUCCUACAGGGCCACUCCACCUUAGCAGCUCCCCCCUCUCAGGGCUCCCGUGUGGGUCGCUGCCUCUCACUGCUCUUGAGGCUGAUGGUUCUCCUCACUGUGAUUGCAGCUGUCUACUACACCUACCAGAAUGUGGACAGUGAGCACAUCAAUUACAUCCGAGGCCUGGUAGAGAGCACCGGCAUCCCCGCCCUGAUCACUGGAGGUGAGAGUACAGCAGACAAAAGCAGCGAAUGAGCAAGAGACACUGCUGCCCAUACCUCAUCCAGCCAUCGCCUGUGCAGCUCCACCUCAAACUGCCCCUCAUGAUAUGAAUUAUGGGUUAUCCCUCUCCAGCAGUCUGCUGUCCCAAGCUCACCUGGAUGGUAACAGUCUCAGUGAAGUCUAGAAAAAGUAGUUUUUAAACCAUCAUGGGGCAGGCUUUCAUUUAGCUUGGUUUGAAUUGUUUUUUUUAGCUUUCCUAGCUUUUUUUUCUAAGACAGGUAGUUUUGCAUGGUUGGUCUUUGUGUUUGUGACUGUCAGUCAUGUCUUUAGCACUUCAGAGUGAUCUUCAAAACAAAGUUAUUGAAGAUGACCUGUUUUGCAUGAAUUUUAAGUAAGUAAGGGCUUAAACAUAAACUGGCUUUUAAGUAUUGUGCUUUCAGUGUAGUAUUUUUAAGUGUUAAUAAUUGAUCAAUUUGACCCAACCAUGCCCAGGUUUGUUUGGGAGAAUCUGACGCCUCUGUCAUGACUACACUCACUUCAGGUUUUUCAGUCACAGCCAAAUUCAGUGUCAAGAACUGAACAUGAUAAUCAUGACAUUUGACAACAUUAGAUUUUUUCCUCUGGAGGUUACAGUCUAUUAUUUUAUACAUCAGAGUUUCAUUUGUAGACCUGUGCUUUGAUAAGGGUAUGAAAUGUCCCUCAAAAUAAAAAAAAACUUCCAAUAAAGGCAGAAUCUCCAUUAACAGCCAACUAUUCAGUUUGUUCACACCUUUCUCCAUUAACAGGAAUGACGGGAAACAUAUUUUUUUAUUAAACUUGUUAGAUUUUCCACACCGUUGCCGAGUUGCCAUGACUGCUUACGGAGUAGCUACAUCAGCAUGGUAAUGACAUUGGCUCAGUCAGCCUGGAAUUGAUACUACCAAAAACCUUUUGGCUGUCCCUACAUUAGAAAAAUGUAUGGGGUUUUGUAAAGACGUUUCUCGAAUAGUACCAGAUGUGUUGAGUCAUUUAAGCCAAUACUGCACUGGCCGUUAUUGUACGUUUUUACAGGAUGUCUACUUUUGCUUUGUAGUCUGAAGCUGAACAAAUCUAGUGUUUCAAAAGUUAUCUCUUGUUUUAUGUCAGUAUUGAACUGACAUGACCCUUUGACCAAAUAGCUGUUCAAAAAUCUUACUUUACCUACUGAUAGCACAUCUAAUAUUUUACUUUCACAAUUUCAUUGAAUGCACAAUCAUGCACAACUGUCUUUCACAAAGGCACAUUUCUGUGAAGGUGCAUCAGUAAAGCACAUUUGAGGAGUGUGCUAGCUGGCAAUGUUUCUUCUAGAAUGCUUUGAAUGAGCUGUACCAUAUAAGAUACUGUUCAGUGGAGGUGUGGUUCUUGGUCGUGCUUUCAUACGUUCAGACCACGACACCUAUAACCUGUUAACCUCGGCAGUGGCGCUAAAUUUAGAUUCUAUUAGUGAGGCAGGCCAAAGCGUGACCGUCUUACCAUAUUGUUCUGUUUGGAACCCUUUCUGCUGAUUGAAAAAAUGCCUGUCUAGGAGAAUGUAUUGUAAAGAGU